CAAUUGGUACGCGGCAAGGCAAACCAUAUGGACUCGGGGGUCGGUCGUGUAACGUCCACAUACACAUCUACUAACCCAGAGCUGUAUUUCCGCGAUGCUAAACGCAGGACUGACUAUGUUCUUGCUUAUCGGUUUUCUACAUCGAAAUAUUAUGAUCGGAAUCGACGUCUGCUGUUUCUCAAUGAGCUAGCAAAGCAAAAAAUAGAAAUUGAAGUUGAAGAUUCUAAUGGUAAUCUAUUGGGUGCUACUGUAUCAUCAAAUGAAGAUGAUUUUUUAUCAUUAACAAUUAAACCAUCAUUUUCACAUGUACAAACUAGUGCAGUAGAUUUACAUUUAAAUGAAAAUUGUGCAUUGCCAAUGCCUACACCACCAUCUUGUAAUGAUGAUAAUAAAGCGCCAGAUAAACCAACAGAUACAAGUCCACCAUCAUGUAUGGAUCGUUAUCGUCAACAAGCUUUAGAUGAUAAAGCUAUCUUGAUAACACCAGAUAAUUUAGUAUUUGUUAAAUUACAUGCUUCAUGGGAAGCAAUGACAUAUUAUGCAGAAUAUUUAAAAAUGCGUAAACCAUUACGUCAACUAGCUUAUGGUUGGAAACUGGAGAAUUCAUCAUCAUCUAAACCUUCUGUUAUGAAAGAUUUUCUUAAAUGUAUACGAUUAGAUGAAAACAUUAUCAAACGGAUGGAUACAUGUUAUACUUGGCCAUUUUCAUUGAAUAGACAAUAUUUAUUUGAUAUACCAGAAAAUAGAGAUGAAUUUUUCACACCAGUUGAACGUGCUCUUGUAUUAGAUUAUAUUCUACGUCGUACUGGUUAUAAAUCAGAGGAUUUAGUCAAUGUAGACGUUGUAUAUGAUCCUAAUAAUAGUGAUAGUGAUAUAGGUCAUAAUGAACCAAGAGAUGAAACUGCAUUGUCAUCAAAUCAACCUAAUUCAUUGUAUGUAAUGGCAACAAAAAAUUUAGGCAUUACAAAACUAAUUUCCGAUGGAGUUUUUACAGCUGCUUAUCCAUUACAUGAGCCUGCUGGUAGUACUUUACCACCGACUGAAUUUAAUAAUCGAAUUUUACUUCAACGUUAUUGGGCUUCAUAUAAAAUGUUAUUUAAAUGUCAACCUAUCAGUUAUAUUCGAUAUUAUUUCGGUGAAGCUGUGGCUUUUUAUUUUGCUUGGCUUGGUUUCUAUACAGCAUGGCUUCUACCGAUUGCAAUAUUGGGCAUUGUUGUUUUUCUAUUUGGAUUGUUGGAUUUAAAAUCCGAUUCGAUUAUUCAUGAAGUUUGUGAUCUUGGUCAUGGUACAUAUAUGUGUCCAUUAUGUAAAUCAUCGAAAUGUAGCUUUUGGACUCUGGACAAAUCUUGUUUACGCACUAAAUUAAUGAGAUUAGUGGAUCAUGAAGGAACUGUUGUAUUCGCUGUGGUUAUGUCUUUAUGGGCUGUGAUAUUUUUCGAGAUGUGGAAACGUAAACAAGUCUCAUUAGCUUAUCGUUGGAAUGUAUACACACUGGAACCAAUGGAUCAACCGCCUAGACCAGAAUUUAUGGCAUUAAUCAAUAAAAAAUGCCCUCGAAAAGUGAACCCUUUAACUGGGUAUGUGGAACCUUUUAUUCCAUUUUGGCGACGUAAAUUACCAAUUAUUUUUAUCAGUUUUUCUACUGUUUUGUUAACUGUAUUACUUACAUUGGCUUUUCUUGUCGGUGUAGUUUUAUAUAAAUUAGUCAUUAAAGCAAUUCUCUAUCGUCAUCAUAAUCCAAUGAUACAAAGUAAUGCUGGUAUGAUUGCUACAAUGACUGGAUCAUUUGUUAAUUUAGUUGUGAUAUUCUUUUUAAAAUUAGUUUAUGAUCGUAUGGCUACAAAAUUAACUGAUAUUGAACAUCAUCGUACACAAGUGGAAUAUGAUAAUAGUUUAACAUUGAAAUUAUAUUUAUUACAAUUUGUUAAUUAUUAUUCAUCAAUAUUUUAUAUUGCAUUUAUUCAAGGACCAACUUCAGCUGUACCUGGCAGUGAUCAUAUAUUAAUUCAAUCAACUGGUUGUGAUCAAGGUGAUUGUCUAUUCGAAUUGUUCAUACAAUUAGUUAUAAUUAUGAUUGGUAAACAAGUAUUUGGUUUUAUUCAAGAAUCUUUAAUGCCUGUUCUAUGGAAGUUAUUUUUUAAAUUUCGUGCUAUGAAACGUUCACCUCAUCAACAUGAUAAUAAUAAUAUGAGUGGUACAAAUGUUGCUGAAUACAAUAAUACAUUAGGUAAUGCUUCUAUUGUACCAGCCAGGUAUAGUUUAUUACGUGGACGAAAUAUUCUAUGUCGUGCUGAUUUUAAUAUGCUUGAUCCUGGAUCUAGACCAUUAUUUAAUGAGUAUUUAGAAAUGAUGAUUCAAUAUGGAUUCAUCACUAUGUUUGUUCCUGCUUUUCCACUUGCACCAUUAUUUGGCUUAUUAAACAAUCUGUUUGAAAUUCGUGGUGAUGCUAAAAAGUUGGUUAAUCAAUAUCGUCGUCCAGUUCUUGAAAGAGUUCAAACAAUCGGUAUAUGGUUGUCAAUCAUUACUGUUCUUGCAAGCAUUGCUAUUCGUACUAAUACUAUUGCAACCAUCUUGACAAAUAUUAUAAUGACAGCUGUACCAGAUAUACCGAAACGUGUUAAACAAGCUAUAUUUCAUGAGACAAAUGUUACAAAUGCAAUAAUUUUAAAUGCUGAAUUAGGCAAUCAACAAUACAAUAAUGCUGCAAUUAAUACAAAAGAUGUAAAUUUUCAAAAAAUUAUCACAUUAAAACAACAACAACAACAACAUCAUGAUAGAUUACAAUUGAAUCAACAUAAUUUCAAUCAAUAUGAAGAAGGAAAUAAUGAUGCGGCGAGUAAUGAAUUAUUUUAUACUCAACCCAUUGUUUAUAAAUAUGUUAGUUUUGAAAAACACUCAUCACCAAAUGCUUCAGUAACACAAUCAAUGCAACCUAGUGCGGUUAAUUUACAUAAUGACGCUCCACCUAUUGGAUUUGAUAAUAUUUAAACAGUAUAAUAAUAAUAGUAAUAAUCAUGAUCUAAAAACUGACUAUAUGCAAUAAAUAUGCCUUUUUCUUUUUAUUCAGUAAACAAAAUGUUUUUUUAUUCUCCUUUAUUUAAAAAUUGUCUUUCUUUGCGCACUCACUCCAUUCAUAAAAACAAAAAUCAAUGAUUCAUUCAAAAUUUUUUUAUCCCGCCUCAUUUAUUUAUUGAUCUGCUUAGUACUACUCUAUUCAUUGUGUUAUUUUAUUACUGACUAUUCUCUGUUCUCUGUUCUCUCCUUUUUUUUCUUACCCAAAUUGACUUGUAUAGUAUAAUUUUGUAUACAGACAAUUGACUUAUUUUAUCCAUUCGUUGACGUGUGUGUACACACACACACAUGAUGAUAAUAAUAAUAAUUUUAUUUAAAAUCAACGAAAUUUAUCA